AUGAGCGAUAAUGAGGAAGAUACUGCUGAAUCUAGUAUCUCUAACCCAGUCCCAACACCACGUCUUAGUCUACCUAUCAGAUUCUCCAACCCAGAUAAUUCACAUUCAGGACGUCCUAUAGCCCUUUUAUCCUCAGAAUCUUUUGAAAAUAACGAAUCCUUCUUACUAAAUUUUAGUCAAACCUUAGCUGAAGUAGAUAGGACACUAACUUUAACUGAUAGCAAAAUUAAUGACGACCUAUUAAAUCAAACCAUAGCACCUAACUUGGGGGCAACCAAACAUUAUUAG